GGCUCCUGCCAUCAGUCCGCAGAUGACUCUUGAGGUAGUCGGUAGGUUUUCUCUCCAAGUGCGGUGCAGAAUGGAUACGGUUUAAGAUUUUUAGUGAGAUAUUUUUUUGUGUAUGCUGGAAGCUGUAUCAUAAAAAAAUUGGAAAAUCCUCACCGGACGGUUGUCGGCACAGUAGUUUUGUGGCCGUAGACAGCGCAGAUUAUAUUUCCAUAUCACUUUGGAAUAUUAUUGUCAUCCGAUGUUUGCACAAUCAGCAACGGCUUCCGCAUGAGUAAAUGUUGCCACCAGCAGCCAUCACAGCCCGUAGGAUCGCUGCAGCACUCGCCGUCACCCGCCAACUAGAGCGCAUUAAAUUGUCUGCCAAGUGGAAGAAAUCAGAUUUCACCAAAUAAGCAUACCGAAACGAGCCAGUCAGUUUCGCAGUAACAGGACAAAAAAACGAAUCACUGGUAAAAAGUGCUCAAGUGAGAAAAUGAUGCCCCAUUCGGCAACGACCUGCUAUCACCGGUCGGCAGGAAAAAUAUGUAAAAUUGAAAUCGGAAAAUGUUUGCUUUUCGUCACACUGCUAACGAGUGUUUGCUUUCGAGCCAUCCGGACCGACGAGGGAGCAUCAGAUGCUCACCCUCCCACGACAAAUGAACCCGAAACGGCAACCGGAUGUCCUCCACCGGAUUUCAAAAUCUCACGACCGCGAAAAUCGUUUGACAUUACAGAGCCACCUAUCGUUACUUUCGAAACAACCCAAGUUAAUUUACCGCAGGAUUUCACAACGGCUGAAUUUGAGCUUGUGGACGGGGGAAAAGCAGCUGCAUUGGUGGGUCAUAGCAUAAAUAUGGAGCAUGCCCAACUUCACGAUUCCCACGAUACUCCGUUUUGGUGGGAGAUGGGAAUCCAGAAUGCGGAAGCAAGGGCAUCACUGGCAGCGGCAUCGUUUCCUUCGUAUAAGAAAAGGGCUAAAAGAAGAGCAGUGCGACCCGGGCGUUAUCGUAGGUCCCCUUUCGGUCAAGAUGGGCAAGACAUUGCACUUCAUCUUGAACUGACGCCGGUGAUUGUAAUCAACAAUAUAUUUAACGAGAACGACAGCGAUCACAGCGUGUUUGAUAAUGUAUUUUUGAACAGUAAACAGUUGGAACAAGAGGAGGAGGAGGAGGAAGAAGAAGAUGAUGAAAACGAGGCCGAUGGUCGAGAUCGAUACAUUGAUAGAAACGAGAUUGGGGAAGUGAUCGAAGCAGAGGUGAUUGGCGUUCAUAGCGUUAAGACGAGAGUAAAACGAAAGUCGGGUAAAACAACGGGCGCAUUAAGUCGGGCUAAGGGUAGUGGAGGAGACAGUGGAAGCAAAAGUAUUACCAGACACAACAAGCAAGAUAUCUCGGACACGGAACAAGAUGGCCGCAAAUUGCAUGACGAGAGCGUUGCCGCAGUGGACGACGCCCAGCCCUACCAGGUCGAUUCCAUGGUUAGGGCGAAGCGUAAGUCUGGUAAAGCAACCGGUGCGCUCAGACCGAAAGGCGGUAGCGAUAGUGGCAGUAAGAGUAUCAGUCGAAAUGCCAACAAAGGUCAAUACGACGAAGACGGGAGUUACGUUCCACCGUUACCCGAUUCCCGUGAAAGUCCGGACGAGGAAAAGGAAAGCGAAGAAAUCGAAGAGAGUCCAGAGCUGCAUGCAUUCCGAGAGGUUUCCGAAGUAAGAUUCCCCGGUGAGGUUGGCCCUCUCGGAGGGCACCGAUUGUGUAAGAUCCAGUGUAUAAGGGGUCACUGGGUUGGCCCAUUGUGCGCCAUGAAUGAACAUGAACAGGACGAACACGGUCAGCUGAAGUUUGAACCACUGUACAAAAGAUGUGUGGUGGAUCGCAUACCGCCUCACUUAUUAUUAAGUUAUAAAAAUGUUUCUGUGACUUCUGGUUGGGAUUUACCACAUGGCCAUACUCUUCAAGCCCGAUGUCGUGACUUAGGAUUAUAUAAGUUGCUGGGCGAGACUAAAGUGCUCUGCUCAAAUGGACUUUGGGCCCCUAAAAUGCCCUCAUGUGUACCGACAACAUUAUUGACCAACUAUUCGGACGAUAGCCCACCUUCCAUCCGAAUUAAGGUAGGUGUUGGAUCAGCCGCUUAUGAGCCAUCCGGAGUGCUAGCCGUAUUACCUACCAGUACCAUUCAUCUGGAUUGCAUGUACCCACGACGACGAGGUUCGCCGGAGUGGACCUGGACAGGCUGGUUCCGACAGUAUUUGACCGGUUGGUCAGCUGUACCGGAAGAGAAGGCAUCCCGUUAUCGGCUUACGAUUAAGGACAUUCAAAAUCAAGAUUCCGGAACGUACACCUGUGCGUCACCACGCGGUCUAACAAACAGUAUUGUGAUUAUUGUUGCCAUUUCUCAAUGUAUGGCACUUUCGGAACCUAAACCACCUCUGUCGUUACGACUGGAAGGUAUAAAACUAGGACAAAGAGCUCUGUAUAGAUGUCCUCUUGGCUAUACGCUGCAAGGCACUGCGAAUGCAACAUGUUUGGCUUCGGGAAACUGGUCUUCUCCACCACCGAAUUGUCAUUCGAUCCAAUGCCCUCCUCUGUUCCUCGAAGAUCCCCACCUCAGCUUGGUCGAGCUAAACACGUCCGCUUGGGGACGAGCGGUUUUCAGGUGUGCAUGGGGUUACCGGCUUAGUGGACCGCCCGGAUUGGAAUGCGAACCGAAUGGCCAUUGGAGUGGUCCUAUUCCAAGAUGUCGCGCAAUUCAAUGCCCCCAGCCGCUGGUACCGAUAAAUGGCCGCAUCGAUGGCACUAGUGGAUUGAACACGUUUGGCCAACGUCGUUACGCCGUCGGAGCAUUGGUUACGUUCAGUUGUACCGAGGGUCAUCUACUUGUGGGAGAAGCGUCGAUAGUUUGCACCGAAACCGGCUUCUGGUCCCAUCCACCGCCGUUUUGUAAGGCUCAAUGUCCAUAUCCUGGCGAUCCGCCGAACGGGCUGAUUGCUCCCCUUAAGUUCCACUACGAUCCGGGAGAUUACUUGACCGUCCAAUGUCGUCCAGGAUUCGUCGAGCAUGGAGCGAACGGUGGACCACCAGAGCGUCCUCGUUGCACCCCGGAGGGCGACUGGUCCGGACCGGUUCCGCAGUGUCGAAGCUACGAGGAAAUAUAACUAUACUGAGAAGGGAUACUCCGAGUUCAAAAGGAACCUACUUUGUGAUAACAGUGAAGUUUAUACAGGACAAAACACAGCUAAGAAAUGUCAUCACAACGCAAAUAUAAUGGUUUAGUGUUUUAUAAGAAAGUACAACUUGAAACGGUUUUACCCUGUAGAAGAUGACACAGCUAGUAUUUGACGCCAUCCAGAAUAAAACGUGGUACGUUAGAUGACACCACUUAAUAGUACCAAAGAUUAGAGGUCACUCCCAAAGCAAUUUAUUUGACGAGUUUACUUUCCAUAAAUAUGUAGAAAUAUUGCAAUUGUUAUGUAUACAUAUAGCCUAUAAGUAAAGCUCAACGUUAAAGAAAACAGUAUUGUUGUAAAUAUUAUUCAAAUGCAAACCGAAGAAAAUAUAAACGGAAAUAUGUUUAUUUAUUCCGACCUAAUAUCAUUCUAUCGAUCCUAUAUUAACAGUAAUGUUAAACAAUCAUAUCUUGAGAAAAAAAAACAUACACAUCUUGUCUAUCAAAUCUAUGUCAUACGCUUAGGUCGCGAUGAUCAAAUCAUAACUAGCUGGAAUAACCUUAACAUUUUACCCUAUCUUUCUUUUAUCUCGAAUAACAACUGUACUUCAAGCAUAGUAAACUAAUUUCUCUGAAAGCGUUCUUCAGAAUAUCAAAUGUUACCAAUUAACCAGUUGAACAACGUUUCGAUUCUAAAAUAUUAAGAAACCCAUGAAUUUGUCAUAUCCACCUGGUUUAAUGAUAUUGAAAAACGUGUUUGAACUUUUCAUAUGCACAAGUGGUGUAGAACGAAACAUCGUAAAAGUGUUUUCGUUUUCAAACUCCAACAAACAAUAUAUCACACAAAGAAGAACACAUAAUAAGAUUGUUAUUGUGAAACCAACUAUAAUAGCAUGGAAUAAAAUUGCAUGUGAAACAAC